AGGCGGGCGGUUGCAGCCGUUCCGUUCCGUUCCGCUCCUCCUCGCCCCGCCCCGCCCCGCUCCGCUGAGGGAAGAGGCGCAGCCAUCGCUGCUUCCUUCCUUCCUUCCUUCCUACCGUCCUUCUUUCAUUCCCGGCCGGCAUGUUUGUUCCUUGCGACCGCGGCGGGGGCUCCGCCAGCUCGGACUUUAAAGGCUUCACUCUGCUCAUGCCAGCAGUGUCGGUGGGAAAUGUUGGUCAACUGGCAAUAGAUCUAGUGAUUUCCACGCUUGACAUGACUAAAGUUGGUUACUUCUACACGGAUUGCCUCGUGCCAAUGGUUGGAAAUAAUCCAUAUGCAACAGGAGAAGAAAACUCAGUGGAGCUGAGUAUAAAUGCUGAAGUGUAUUCGCUACCUUCAAAGAAACUUGUAGUUCUGCAGAUCAGAUCGCCUUUUAUAAAGAAUAAGUACAGGCCAUUCUGUCAAACACUACUCUCUUGGGUGAAAAGCAGCAAAUGUGCCAGAGUCAUCGUUCUGUCUAGCAGCCAUGCGUACCAGCGCGAUGAUGAGCAACUUCUUGGGACACCAUUACGCUACCUACUUACACCUGAUCUUGAGAAAGCAGUUGGAGGCCUUAUGCAGGAGCUAAACUGGAAAGAAAUGGAAAAAGUAGCAGCUUACCCUGGAAUAAAUGAUACAGAAAAAGUUCUACAUAUUCCUGGAGGUGGCAUCACAAAAUUGUUGUUUACUGAGAGCUGCUCAAAAGGAGUCCAAAUGGCAGUUCUUCUGAAAUUCUGCUCAGAAGGGGACAACAUCCCUGAUGCAUUUGCUCUUGCUAACUAUCUUAAUGAAUGGCUCCAGCUAAUUAAAAGUGAAAGCAACAAUUCCACAGAUACUUCUUCACCGUGGAAAGUACCAAGUUCUUGGCGCUUACUUUUUGGCAAUGGUCUUCCACCUGCACUCUUCUGAGCAAUUUUGAAUGCUUCUCUUUUACAGUAGUAAUGCACGAAGAUGCCACAUUUCAUGAAGAUGCCAUGUUUUAUGGUGUAAAAAAUGAGCUACGAAGAGAUUUGAAGUGUUUGGCAAUGACUGAUGUGCCUGGGAUUGUGGAUCAAAAGAAACUUACCUGAACAAAAAGCAACAUGAAUGCAACUGGUAUGCAAACUACAACCAGAAGUUAAACCAAAUAACAUGACUGAAAAGAUCACAUUAGUCCAAGCUUAAAUAUUUAUUUUGGCUCAUAGUCUUGCAAUUAUUUUACAAGAAGCUUGAGUUUCUUUAGGCAAGUGGAAGGCUAAACCAUUUGCAUCCACCAUGGUUAUACUUCCUACUUGCAAAUACUGUUUAUUCAAAUAUUGCAUUUUUUAAAAACAACUAAUGACCUAAAUAUUCUUCUGAUGUCAUUCUUCAUUGUGAUGGAUUCUCAGAUUCUCUGUGAAUGUAACACAUCACCUGUAAGUGGACAGUAGUGAGCACAGAGAUUUGUUAACUGCCAUGAGAGUGUAAUUUAUUGCUGUACUUUAGUUUGGAAAGCUGAAUCUGCCAAGCUGGUUGAAAACUUUUGCCUUGAACCAGUAAAUAGAGUACUUAACUUUAAGCACAUAGUCCUGUGUAAAUUACAAGAACUACUUGCUGCUUCUUAUGCGCUGCUGAAUCUGGAACCAAGCAUUCAUCUUCCUCGAUUUAGAAUCUGACCUUCUAAGAAGUCAAGAGUUGAAGCUGUUCAUGAUCCUGGUUUUGGCUUUGGACCUGAAAGCCAGCUGAGUGUGACAGGUUUACCAGGAAAAUCAGAAGCUGACCUUUGAACAAAGCUGUAGGAGCUACUCAGUUCUCCCUUCCGUGCACGGUCUAAUGACCAUGGUUAGUUUGAGUUGGGGCUUUGCUGACAUACUAAAGAACAGGUCAAGAAUGAAUGACCCAGCUGUCUGAACAUACUAAUCUUAGAACACAAACUCUGCUAUUUUAGAAGACUGGAUGAUUGUGGGUAAGAACACUUUGAACUGACAACUGCUAUGUAGAGUGGUGGUUUUUAAAGGGGCAAAAUAUUUGAGGAGUUCCAUUGGAAUCGCUGAGCAAACCAACAUUACGGAGAUGGCUGUUUAAAUCAACUGUACCGCCUCGAGGCUCUCCUGAGAUGAAAACUGUUCUUCAGCAAGAAGGGGAUGAAUGCCUACUGCUGCAUUGCCUUAGCGUAGGUCCUUCCACUAGAUGAGCACGGGCAUGUGUGCAGGGCUCAGAUAAUUAGAGCUGGAAAGCAGGAGCCCUGAAGGUACGUCUGCUGUCACACCAACUUGCAAGGUACUGUAGAGCACCCAUCGCAGAGCCAGCUCCUCAGCCACGGCCUGCCUACUGCUCAUCCAAGGAGUUCAGCCGCGGGGAGGAGUUAUGUAUGCACUGGAGAUGCUUCAGGAGGCUUUUCCAACCAUCACAGGAGGUUGGUUUUUUGGGACUCUGUUGUGGGUUUUUUUUUAAAAAAAAACAAGGCGAUUAGAUAACCUUUGUUUAGCUGGCUCUAUUUAAGUGCUUAGUUCCUUUGGGAUCAAACUGUCUGCUUCAUUUAGGCCCAUCACAAGUGUCGUCAUUCUAACGUCUGAAAACUUCAGCCACGCUGCAGUAAACUUACUAAGUAUCUCUGCCGGGUGCAACCUGCUGUUCUAGCUGAUGCUCAGUACUGCAAACAAUUUGCGGAGUACAGGUGUUGCAUUUAAGGAGUUCCUUUGUAUAAAUCCUCGGGGUUUAAAUAACUUGUGACAUCCAGAGAACAAGCUCAAACAGGGUUUGCUGUGGCUGUUUGGCACAGGCACAGACCUUGAAAAAAAAACUUGAGGUACUGAAGUCAACUUCUGUGGCUUUUAAACAAUAAAUUAAAAAAAUCUGAAGGGUAAAACCUUAUCUGGACAAUAAGUGGCAUUGCUUUGGUAUCCACAGGAAGUUAAUCAGGUAGGAAAAAAUUUGUAUUAAUUGGUUGUAUUAAUCAGGGUGCGGGCUGAUGUAUGCCCAGUGGCAUUUGGGAGGCUACAGUUCAGGAGGUAUUUAGCUGCAAAACUAUAUUAAUCAAAAUCAAAGCAGCUGUGAUAAUAGAUUAAAUUUCAGUCAGAAUGAGUAUGGCUUGCAACAAGGAGAAGCAGCGAUAAAAAGCUUGAGGAGGCAAAAUAAGGAUUCUGAAGCAACAGCGAGGGACUGUUUGGUCCCCAGACCACAGCAGAGAAGCAUUCAGAAUUUUUGUGAGGCAGGGGAGUUGGUUUUUCUUUCCUUUUUUAAUUUACUACUGAUAAAGGUGCAUUUUCUCAUGAAAAUAUUCUCACAGAUAGCUCAGACGUAGUAAUUUUUAUUGUUGUCAUUGUGGAUAAACCAGUAUUUAUGCUACAAACAUCUUAGGAAAAUAUAUCUGCUGGCUAAUAAUGGAAUAUAUAGUUUAACUUUUUCUUCUUUUUUUAAAACAAAGCUUAAGACUUUUUUUAAAAAAAUCUUAAAAUUUCAGUUCUUUUACAUGUUUGCAAUUAAAACAAUGCAAUUAAGAGUGCAAGCCAACCGAGAUGAUUUAACACUC